AUGGGCUUGCGGCUCUUUGGUGUGGUGUCCGUAACGCUGUUACUUCUACUUGUGCUCGCUAUUGUCCGCCUGGUUGUACUGCUUGUACAGCUUUUGACGUUUCGCUAUACAAUAAUCAUUAGCACGGUGGCUUUUAUAUGCUGGUUUGUGGACUCGCGACGACGACGCUAUGCUAGGGGCUUUUACUCAUGCUCACGCAUACCUCAGACGACAAUGAUGGGAGAAGAGCGAGAGAUUGAAGAUUACAAAGUUUGGCUGGAUAGACAAGAUGAGUUUACAACUUUUGAGUCGCCCUCCAUUGCGCUAGAGGCGCCUGGGGCAGUGUCGAAUCAAUUUAAGAAGAUGAUCAUGGCGCCACCGUCUGAGACCGAAUCUGAGGAUGAUGAAAGUGAGAGUGGUAGAGUUGUCAAUGUCAACGAAAUGCCCGUCAGCGCUCCCUCUUUACGCCCCAGAAGUUUUCUGGACGUGCGAUCGCGCAGCAGCAACACCGAAUGUGAUCUUCAAUUGCGAGAUGCCACGCGGCCGCGCUCGUCUUCGGCUGCAGGUAAUAGUAAAUUUAUGGCAAGAAAAAUAGACGCGAACAGCAUCAAUCACGUAGCAGAAGGGAGGGAGCGCAGGGUACCAAGACGACGGGCAGACACCGGAACGGUAAGCAACGCUAAUCAAAGUGUGCGCUCUCGGCGCGCAACAUUUGUUAACAAGCCGGAUGCGCAUGCUUUGAGAAAUUCUUCAUCUGCGAAGCAUGAAGAUACCCCGAACUCGGACGGAUAUUGGAUCGGGGACUUUCGUGUACAGCGAAUUGUGCCGCGCCGUAGUCAUGCCAUCAAUUCUAAGACGAACAAGGUGCUUGAGAGACUUUAA